UAAAGUUUUUAAUGAACAACAAUUAAAAAUACAGAAAAGUACGCAUUAGUGUGAUUAGUGUUAGUGCUUAUAUAACGGCAUAGCCGGAAGCAAAGUUCCUUAGAACCAGAAACCUUCGAAUGGAUUCAGACAAAGUCGUACGCGCCAUGGCCCGCUGGUGGCAGACCGUUAGUCAGGAAGACAAUUAUGACAAUUCACGCAAUCCCAUGCUUUACGAUCCGCUUCAAGAUGGUGUGGUAAAGACUUCAAAAAAACGCCAGUAUAUAGCUGCGCUUAUAGUUUGUUUGGGUGCCGUUGCUGCUGGCACUGCCCUGGCCUGGACUAGUCCGGUGUUGCCACAAAUUAGCGCCAAUGCUACAGCAACGAUUGCCACAAACAGCACGGGAAAUGCCACAGCGCCUGCAAUGUCGGACAAUAAAUGGCAGCUAACUGUGGACGAACAGGCUUGGGUAAGCUCGCUGUUGGCCAUAGGCGCGUUUCUAGGCGCAUUGCCCACCGGUUACAUAGCUGAUGCUAUUGGUAGGCGCUAUACGGCGCUUAUAAUGGAUGUGCCUUUUAUUUUGGCCUGGUUGGCGAUCAGUUUUGGCGGUUCUGUGGGCUGGAUGUACAUUGGACGUUUUCUUAUAGGCAUAGCUACGGGCAGCUUCUGCGUGGUGGCGCCCAUGUAUAUAUCCGAGAUUGCUGAGACCAGCAUACGCGGCUCAUUGGGCACACUCUUUCAACUGCUGCUCACCAUGGGCAUAUUGUUUGUCUACGUUGUUGGCUCCAUUGUCAGCUGGAAAACUCUCAGCGUGCUCUGUCUCUUUGUGCCCAUUGCACUCUUCGGUGGCAUGUUGAUUCUACCCGAGACGCCUGUAUAUCUGCUUAAGAAGGGUCGCCGUGCGGAUGCUGCGUUGUCGCUCAAGUGGCUUUGGGGUCGCUACUGCGAUUCACGCAGUGCUAUUCAGAUUAUACAGAAUGAUCUGGAUCAAGCCUGUGCAAAUGCCUCGUUUCUGGAUUUGUUUAGCAGCCGCAACUCUCGCAAUGCUCUGAUUAUUUCCAUACUCUUGAUGGUCUUCCAGCAGUUCUCGGGCAUUAACGCUGUUAUAUUCUAUACGCAGUCUAUAUUCAAGUCGGCUGGCAGCACACUGGACGCUUCAGUUUGCUCCAUUAUUGUGGGGGUGGUGCAGGUGAUCAUGACGUUGACUUCGUCGGUGUUGGUGGAGCGUGCUGGACGCAAGAUCUUGUUGCUCUUCAGCAGCACAGUGAUGACCAUUUGCCUGGCAAUUUUGGGCGCCUACUUUCACUUGAAGGAUAGCGGCAAGGAUGUGUCCAGCAUUGGCUGGCUGCCGUUGCUCUGCAUGGUAAUGUUCAUCAUCACAUUCUCCGUGGGCUAUGGACCCAUACCUUGGCUCAUGAUGGGCGAGCUGUUUCAGUCGGAUGUCAAGGCCACUGCUGUUGGUCUCAGUGUCAUGUCCAAUUGGUUUUGCACAUUUGUGGUAACCAAAUCCUUUGGCACUAUGCUGGCCACAUGGGGCUCGGACAUGACAUUCUGGUUCUUCGCCAGCUGCACGGCCACGGCAACCGUUUAUGUGGCCGCCGCGGUGCUGGAGACCAAAGGCAAGAGCUCUCAGGAGAUACAAACAUGGCUAAGUGGUCGCUGAGUGUUUAGCUGUAAGGAGAAUUUCAAUACUGAAGCAAUAUUGCGCAUACGCCGCGUUGUGCAACAUUUAUCAUACUGUUUAGCUGUACUUAGAAUUCAAUGAUAAAACCAUAACUGUAGUUCAAUUAGUUUAUAAGUGCGCCAUGGCCAAAGUUACUCUUCACAGAUAAGCACAUCUAAUAUGUGUGUCAAAGGAUUUGAUUAGCGAAUUUUUCUAUGUAUUUGUUAAAAUAUGUAUUAAGCGCGGCGGCUGUAAAGACAUAUGUAGCUGUAUACUCGUAUAUUUAUUUAUAUAAACUGAUAAUAAAACGCUGGCUUGGACAGUUGCAAAUUACAUUUACAAA